AUGGACUCGCUGAAGCCACCCUGUCCCUGGAAGAGCCAGGAGUGAGGGAAGAGGGCCAGAGCCACGACAGCCACGAGGAGCUCGGAGCCAGGAACCCAUUCACUGGAAGCACUGAGAAAUGCUGCCGCCUCCCAGGGUCUGAAUUUCCUGCUGCUGCUACUGCUGUUCACAAAGAUGCUUUUUAUCUUCAACUUCUUGUUUUCUCCACUUCCAACCCCCGUGGCGAUCGGCAUCCUGGCAUUUGGAGCUGCGGUCUUCGUGUGGUUGGUCAACAGGCCCCAGCCAGUCUAUUCCCGUAUUGACCUCAACAACCAGUCCAUAGGAAUUGAGGGAGGAGCACGGAGGGGUCCUCUCCAGAAGGACAAUGACCUAGUGUGUCACUACUUCGCAGAUGCCACGACCGCGUAUGAAAUUUUCCAAAGAGGACUUGCUGUGUCAGACAAUGGACCCUGCUUGGGAUUCAGAAAACCAAAUCAGCCCUACAGAUGGUUAACUUACAAACAGGUGUCUGAUGAAGCAGAGUACCUGGGCUCCUGUCUCCUGCAUAAAGGUUAUAAACCGUCACCGGAUCAAUUUGUUGGCAUCUUUGCUCAGAAUAGACCAGAGUGGAUCAUCUCUGAGCUGGCUUGUUACACAUACUCUAUGGUAGCUGUCCCUCUGUACGACACCCUGGGAGCAGAAGCCAUCAUUUACAUUGUCAACAAAGCUGAUAUCGCCACCGUGAUCUGUGACACACCUCAGAAAGCUUCGGUCCUCUUAGACAACAUGGAGAAGGGCCUCACCCCAGGCCUGAAAGUGAUCAUCCUCAUGGAUCCGUUUGACGAUGAGUUGAAGGAAAGAGGGGAGAAGGCUGGACUUGAGAUCUUGCUCCUGAGUGAAGCUGAGAAUAUCGGCAAAGAGAACUUCAGAAAGCCUGUGCCUCCUAAACCAGAAGACUUGAGUAUCAUAUGCUUCACCAGUGGAACCACAGGUGACCCUAAAGGAGCCAUGCUGACCCAUAAAAACAUUGUUGCAAAUGCUGCUGCUUUCCUUAAUGGUAUUGAGGAAAGUUUUUACCCCACCCCUGAAGAUGUGAGCGUAUCCUACCUUCCCUUGGCUCACAUGUUUGAGAGGAUUGUACAGAAUGUUAUGUAUUCCUGUGGAGCCAGAAUUGGAUUCUUCCAAGGAGAUAUUCGGUUGUUACCUGAUGACAUGAAGGCUCUGAAGCCCACAGUGUUCCCUACGGUGCCUCGCCUCCUGAAUAGGGUCUACGAUAAGGUACAAAAUGAAGCGAAGACACCUUUGAAGAAGUUCUUGUUGAACCUGGCUGUUGCAUGUAAAUUCAAUGAAGUGAAAAAAGGCAUCAUUAGGAAAAAUAGUAUAUGGGACAAGCUCAUCUUUUCCAAGAUUCAGGCAAGCCUUGGUGGGAAAGUCUCUAUCAUGGUCACUGGCGCUGCCCCGAUCUCCAGUCCGGUCUUGAACUUCCUCCGGGCGGCACUGGGAUGUCCGGUAUUUGAAGCCUAUGGUCAAACUGAGUGUACAGCUGGCUGUACGAUAACAUCAUUCGGAGACUGGACAUCAGGCCAUGUGGGAACUCCUGUGUCCUGCAAUCAUGUGAAGCUGGAAGAUGUUGUGGACAUGAAUUACUUUUCUGUGAACAAUGAAGGAGAGAUCUGUAUCCGAGGCACCAACGUGUUCAAAGGCUACCUGAAGGACCCUGAGAAAACGGAGGAAGUCCUGGACAAGGAUGGCUGGCUUCACACGGGAGAUAUUGGCCGCUGGCUCCCGAAUGGGACUCUGAAGAUCAUUGACCGAAAAAAGAACAUCUUUAAGCUGGCUCAAGGAGAAUACAUUGCUCCAGAGAAGAUCGAGAAUAUUUACAUCAGGAGUAGACCAGUGGCACAAAUAUUUGUACAUGGGGACAGUUUACGGUCAUCCUUAGUAGGAGUUGUGGUUCCUGACCCAGAUGUGUUUCCCUCAUUCGCAGUCAAAUUUGGGGUGAAGGGUUCCCUUGAAGAACUGUGCCAAAACCAAGUACUGAAGAAUGCCAUUUUAGAAGACUUGCAGAAAAUUGGGAAAGAAAGUGGACUUAAAUCCUUUGAACAAGUUAAAAAAAUCUUUCUUCAUCCAGAGCUGUUUUCCAUUGAAAAUGGGCUCUUGACACCUACAUUGAAAGCAAAGAGGGCGGAGCUUUCCAAAUACUUCAGGGUCCAAAUCGAUAACCUGUAUGAGAGUAUGCAGGAGUAG